GCUAGAAAUACUUAAAGAAGACAUAAGAAGUUAUUGUGUGUUGUUGUAAUCGCUAAACGGACAGGCAUUCGACCUUGACUUUUGUGAGCAUAGUUAAAAGUUUUGAUAAUGACUCUGUUAUCGUGCCACAACCAAAAUUAUGUCUAAAGGGACGGAAACACGUUGCUUCGAUGUUUUAAAGAAGGCGACCCCUGAUGGAAAGUUGUCAUUGUUUUUGGAUCGAAGAACUUUCGUUGAUCACUUCGACUAUGUUGAUCCCAUCGAUGGUAUACUUACUAUGACACAAGAUGUAAAGAAUACAGAAUAUGUUUUUUUAAUUUUCACAUGUUCAUAUCGUUUUGGUCGUGAUGAUUUAGAUGUAUUAGGAUUAACAUUUCAAAAAGAAUUAUUAAUUUAUACAAAAUGUUUAUGGCCAAAUCAUCCAUUUGAUAAUAAUGAUUAUAAUAAAGGUAAUAAAAAAUGGAAUAAUACAUGGAAAAGAAUAAAACGUUUAUCAAAACGUAAAAUUGAUACAAAUGAACAAAUUUCAUGUACAAUAACAAAUGAUAAUGAUCCAUAUGGAAUAUUUUGUGAAACAUUAAAAGAGAAUGAUUUAUCACCAUUUCAAGUAAAAUUAUUAAAUAAACAUGGUGAUUUAGCAUUUCCAUUUCGUAUAAUUAUACCUACAUCAUCACCGUCAUCAGUUGCGAUUCAACCGAAUGAAAAUGAUUCUCGAAAAUUAUACGGUGUCAGUUAUGCACUGACUGCAUACGCUGGUCAGAAAAUUCAUAGCACUCAACCGACUAGUUCCACUGUAACAAUUGUUCUAAGAAGAUAUAUUGCUGGACCUAAACUGAUCAAUCGUCCGUUAUAUCCAGUAGCUGAAUCAACUAGAAAAACAAUAAAUUUCUUAUGUUAUUCAGGAGAAGUGCUUCUUACAGCGUCUGUUGAAAAACCAUUAUAUUAUCAUGAUGAAUCAGUCAAUGUAUCAAUUGUAUUGGAUAAUUUUUCUAAUUUAUCAGUUAGAAAAUUACAAAUAGAAAUUGUUCAAGUAACUGAAAUGUACUUACUGGCAAAAGGAACAUAUCGGUCUACGAUAAAUGAACAUUUAUGCAAAGAGAAUCUUCCUCAAGCUGGUGAACAACAAUGGAAGUAUACAAUAUCAUUAGAUACCAGUCUUACUGAUGCCUUAUUAAAACACGGUGUUGCUUUAGAAGGUUAUAUUAAACAGGAGAAAAAUUGGUUGGCUUCAUCAACAGUAUUGAAAUUAUCUUCCGAUUUAGGUGAAUGUCUAGAAAUGAUGCAAAAUAUUCAUAAAAACAUUGAAGAAUCUACGGAAACUGCAAUCAAAGCGAAUAAAGAAUUACAUGGAGUUGUUAUAUCAUACUUUGUUCGUGUUAGAUGUUGGAUAGGGAUCAGUCGAUUUUCUGUCCAUGUACCAUUUUUAUUGAUGCAACCAGAAAGAGAACCUAGUACUAUAAAUAAUAAUACUAAUAAUAAUGAUAUACGUUUAACUACUCAUACUGUUCAAGCUGAUGUAGUAGAAAAUCAGCCAAUUGAAGACAAAUCGGAAGAUAAACAAAUUGAAAUACCUCAUGAAGAUCAAGAUUAAUUGUUGUAAAUCAUAGUUGAAGUAUCAAGAUUACAUUUGUCAACAAAAUUAAAUACAAAACAAAACAGCCUAGUACUUUGUUUAUGUAGAAAAAUAAAAUUAAUACAAUUUUUUUCUUUUUUUUAUAUAUCACAGUUGAUUGUAUCAGUUUUAAAUUGUACUUUUAAGCUUAUAUUCUAUUGAAUAAUUUCUGUAGAAAAAUGAAUAGAUUUUUACGCUAUUUCUCUUUUCAUGAAUUUACUUUUAAUGAUCAAAAAAAGGAUUUUUGUGGAUAUUAUUAGUAAUUUCAAUAGUUAAGUUCAUGAGUCAAUUCAAAAUAGACUACCAUGGAAAACCUGGAAGUACUGGGCGGUCGUUUCGUCCUAGUGUGGUACUCCUCAGUAGUGCUCAUCCGCGAUCCUACCUCACAAGAUUCGAACCCAGAACGUAUCGGUUUCACGCCUGAUCGCUUAACCUCUAGACCACUUAGCCAGCAUACAACAGACUUAAUGUCUAACUUUAACCAAUCCACGAAAUUGAGCUAUCGUCCGCCGUUGCCGUCAGUGACAUUAACAUCGUUGGAUGUCGGCUCAGUGGUCUAGAGGUUAAGCGAACACGCACGAUACUGACAGGUCAUUGAAGUAUAUCAUGGAAUAAAAAACCAUCUUGUCAUGAUUUUUCU